UGCCAAACAUGUGGAAAAAGUUUCCCAUUUAGCAGUAGCCUGCGGGUCCACAUGAUAAGGCACACAGGUGAGAGGCCGUUUUCUUGCCAAACAUGUGGAAAAAGUUUCCCAUUUAGAAGUAAGUUGCAGGACCACAUGAGAAUGCACACAGGUGAGAAGCCGUUUUCUUGCCAAACAUGUGGGAAAGGUUUCCCAUUUAGAAGUAACUUGCGGGUCCACAUGCAAAUUCACACAGGUAAGGGGCCUCAUCUCUGCACCACCUGUGGGAAGAGAUUUCAUUGCAAGUCAGUACUAAAAACACAUUUGAGAGUCCACACAGGGGAGAAAGUUUUUUCGUGCAAAAUGUGUGGAAAAAGUUUCACAAGAAGCUCAAGUUUGAAGAUCCACAUGAGAAUGCACACAGGCGAGAGACCUUUUUCUUGCAAAACUUGUGGGAAAAGUUUUACAAGUAGAGCUAUCCUGCUGGACCACAUGAAAACGCACACAGGUGAAAGACGUUUUUAUUGCAAAACUUGUGGGAAAAGUUUUACAAGUAGAGGUACCCUGCUGGUCCACAUGCAAACAGACACAGGUGAAAAACCUUUUUCUUGCAUUAGUUGUGGUUAAAAUUGUGUGCAUGCACAAACCAUGCACRAUCACCAGAGAACGCUCAGAGGCAAGAGGCCUUAUUCUUGCAACACUUGUGGAAAAUGUUUUAUAUGUGGACGUAGCUUUAAAGUCCACAUGAGAAGCCACAAAGRUKAG